UCCCCUCCACUCCCCUCUCCUCCCCCUCCUUUCCCUCCGCGCGGGGCGGGCUCCACGGCCAUGUGACGCGCGGCCAGGCUGGGACGCGCAGGGAGCGGCGUCGGGGGGCCGCGGGCAUGCAGCGGAGGUGGGUCUUCGUGCUGCUCGACGUGCUGUGCUUGCUGGUCGCCUCCCUACCCUUCGCUGUCCUGUCGCUGGUGAAUGCCCCGUAUAAGCGAGGAUUUUACUAUGGGGAUGACUCCAUCCGGUACCCCUACCGUCCAGACACCAUCACCCAUGGGCUCAUGGCCGGGGUCACCGUCACGGCCACCGUCAUCCUUGUCUCGGCGGGAGAAGCCUACCUGGUGCACACGGACCGGCUCUAUUCCCGCUCCGACUUCAACAACUACGUGGCUGCCGUGUACAAGGUGCUGGGGACCUUCCUCUUCGGGGCGGCUGUGAGCCAGUCUCUGACGGACCUGGCCAAGUACACAAUCGGCCGCCUGCGCCCCAACUUCCUGGCCGUCUGUGACCCCGAGUGGAGCCGGGUCAACUGCUCGGUCUACGUACAGCUGGAGAGCGUGUGCAGGGGAAAAGCUGCUGACGUCACCGAGGCCAGGUUGUCGUUCUACUCGGGACACGCCUCCUUUGGGAUGUACUGCAUGGUGUUCCUGGCACUCUACGUGCAGGCGCGUCUCUGCUGGAAGUGGGCGCGGCUGCUGCGCCCCACGGUCCAGUUCUUCCUGGUGGCCUUUGCCCUCUAUGUGGGCUACACCCGCGUGUCUGAUCACAAACACCACUGGAGCGACGUCCUCGCUGGCCUCCUGCAGGGGGCGCUGGUGGCUGGCCUCACUGUCCCAUACAUCUCAGACUUCUUCAAAGCCCAACCCCCACAGCACUGCCCGAAGGAGGAGGAGCUGGAAUGGAAGCCCAGCCUGUCACUGACAGUGACCCUGGGCGAGGCUGACCACAACCACUAUGGGUACCCGCACUCCUCCUCCUGACACUGGACCCCGCCCAGGCAGGGGGUGGCCAUGAGUCCAGCUGAGGCCAGCCCCCCAGGUGGUCCCUCUGGCCCUGGGUAGGCACUGAGGGCUCCAGACAAGCUCCGGGAACCCUGAGUAGGCUCUGCUGCCCCCUGCCCUGCACUGGACCAGGGGUCUGGGGAGGCCUAGGUAGCCCUGAGCAUUUGGAGGGGGACCUGUUUCUGUAGCUCCCCAAGUAUCCCCAUUCUUUUAUGGGGUUAAGUAAGGGACUGUUUUGUAAAAUGUAAUGUACAUGUGGUUUUUAGUAAA